AUGAAGGACCGGCUGGAGCAGCUGCGGGCGAAGCAGGAUGCGGAGGACGAUGCCGACGAGCUGGAGAUCGCCGUCGACAACACGGCUUUCAUGGACGAGUUCUUCGCCGAGAUCGAGGAGACCCGGCAGAACAUCGACAAGAUCUCGGAGAACGUGGAGGAGGCCAAGAAGCUCUACAGCGUCAUCCUCUCGGCCCCCAUCCCUGAGCAGAAGACCAAAGACGAGCUGGAGCAGCUCACGGCCGACAUCAAGAAGAUGGCCAACAGCGUGCGGAACAAGCUGAAGAGCAUGGAGAGGAACAUCGAGCAAGACGAGGAGCGCUCCUCCGCCGACCUGCGCAUACGCAAGUCCCAGCACUCGGUCCUGUCUCGGAAAUUCGUCGACGUGAUGACCAAGUACAACGAGGCGCAGGUCGAUUUCCGGGAGCGCAGCAAGGGCCGGAUCCAGCGCCAGCUGGAGAUCACCGGCAAGAACACGACGGACGAGGAGCUGGAGGAGAUGCUGGAGAGCGGGAACCCCGCCAUCUUCACCGCGGGGAUCGUGGACUCGCAGAUCUCGAAGCAGGCGCUGAGCGAGAUCGAGGGGCGGCACAAGGACAUCGUGCGGCUGGAGAGCAGCAUCAAGGAGCUGCACGACAUGUUCGUCGACAUCGCCAUGCUGGUGGAGAACCAGGGAGCCAUGAUUGACCGCAUAGAGAACAACAUGGACCAGUCCGUGGGCUUCGUGGAGCGCGCCGUGGCCGACACCAAAAAGGCCGUGAAGUACCAAAGCGAGGCCAGGAGGAAGAAGAUCAUGAUCAUGAUCUGCUGCGUUAUCCUCGCUGUCAUCUUGGCUGCCAGCAUCGGGAGCAUCUUCGCCUGAGGCCCCGACCGCUGCCUGCAGGUGGCCUUCCCCCUCCUGCCCGGAUGAUCCUGCCCGCGGCUCCAGCCCCGGGACCCGCCUGCCAAGCCCCAAGGACGUCGUUCCGCUGCAGCCCGGAGGAGCGCAGGUCGCCUGCCCUGCUCCCGCUCCCUCCCGCCGCCGAGCGCGUGCCCCAAAGCCCCCCCCUGCUUCCUGCCCUCGAUCCGGGGUCCUGCGCAGAGCAGCUCCCUCCUCACCGGCACGGAGCGGCCGGAGGAGCCGUGCUCCUCCCCGGGGCAGCGCACGGAGGGCUCAGCCUCGCCCGGUGUCGGAGGAGGAGGCUCUCCUCUCGCUUGGAGCUCGCCUGCGGCGAUCCCUCCGUGUCGCCACUCUCCAGA